AUGGGGCUGCAACUGGCCCGCCUAGUGGCCAUCUGCCUGGCCCUGGCCUUGGCUGGAGGCUCUGCACUCCAGAGAGAGGCCAGACCCCGAAGCCAUGGUCACAGCGUCUGCAGCACCUGGGGUGACUUCCACUACAAGACCUUCGACGGUGACGUCUUCCGCUUCCCCGGCCUCUGUGACUACAACUUCGCCUCCGACUGCCGAGACUCCUACAAGGAAUUUGCCGUGCACCUGAAGCGCAGCCAGGGCCAGGGUGGGGGCCAUCCCCAGGUGGAGUCCAUCCUGCUGACCAUCAAGGAUGACACCAUCUACCUCACCCACCAACUGGUUGUGGUGAAUGGGGCCAUGGUCAGCACCCCACAUUACAGCUCUGGGCUGCUCAUCGAGAAGAAUGAGGCCUACACCAAGGUCUACUCCCGCGCUGGUCUCUCCCUCAUGUGGAACCGUGAAGACGCGCUCAUGCUGGAGCUGGACAGCAGGUUCCAGAACCACACCUGCGGCCUCUGCGGGGACUUCAAUGGCCUGCCGUCCUACUCGGAGUUCCUCUCUGAAGGCGUCACAUUCAGUGCCAUUGAGUUUGGGAACAUGCAGAAGAUCAAUAAGCCUGAGGUGGUGUGCGAGGACCCCGAGGAGGUGCCCGCACCUGAGUCCUGCUCCAAGCACCGUGCUGAGUGCGAGAGAUUGCUGACCGAUGCGGCCUUCCAAGACUGCCAGGCCCGGCUGCCGCUGGAGCUGUACGUGCAGGCCUGCAUGCAGGAUCGCUGCCGGUGCCCGCAGGGUGGGGCCUGCGUCUGCAGCACCCUCGCCGAGUUCUCCCGUCAGUGCUCCCACGCUGGCGGCCGGCCUGGGAACUGGAGGUCGGCCUCCUUCUGCCCCAAGAGCUGCCCCGGGAACAUGGUUUACCUGGAGAGCGGCUCACCCUGCGUGGACACCUGCUCACACCUGGAGGUCAGCAGCCUGUGCGAGGAGCACCACAUGGACGGCUGUUUCUGCCCAGAAGGCACUGUGUAUGAUGACCUCACGGGCAGCGGCUGCAUCCCCGUCAGCCAGUGCCACUGCAAGCUGCACGGGCACCUGUAUGUGCCGGGCCAGGAGAUCACCAAUGACUGUGAGCAAUGUGUCUGCCAUGCUGGCCGCUGGGUGUGUAAAGACCUGCCAUGCCCUGGGACCUGCACCCUGGAGGGUGGCUCCCACAUCACCACCUUCGAUGGGAAAAAGUUCACCUUUCAUGGGGACUGCUACUACGUCCUGACCAAGGGCGACCACAACGACUCCUUCACCCUCCUGGGCGAGCUGGCCCCCUGCGGCUCCACGGAUAAGCAGACCUGCCUGAAGACAGUGGCACUGCUGAUAGACAGGAAGAAGAACGUGGUGGCCUUCAAGUCGGAUGGCAGCGUGCUACUCAACGAGCUGGCAGUGACCCUGCCCCACGUGGCUGCCAGCUUCUCCAUCUUCCAACCCUCCUCCUACCACAUCGUCGUGAACACGGCCCUCGGGCUGCGGCUGCAGGUGCAGCUGGUGCCCGUCAUGCAGCUCUUCGUGACGCUGGACCAGGCUGCCCAGGGGCAGGUGCAGGGGCUCUGCGGGGACUUCAAUGGCCUGGAAAGUGACGACUUCAGGACGGCGGGUGGCCUGGUGGAGGCCACGGGGUCCAGCUUCGCCAACAGCUGGAAGGCCCAGGCCAGCUGCCAUGACAAGCUGGACUGGCUGGAUGACCCCUGUUCCCUCAACAUCGAGAGUGCCAACUAUGCGGAGCACUGGUGCUCCCUCCUGAAGAAGACGGAGACCCCCUUCGGCAGGUGCCACCUGGCGGUGGACCCCACUGAGUAUUACAAGAGAUGCAAGUAUGACACCUGCAACUGUCAGAACAACGAGGACUGCCUGUGCGCAGCGCUGUCCUCGUAUGCGCGGGCCUGCGCCACCAAGGGCGUCAUGCUGUGGGGCUGGCGGGAGCGCGUCUGCAACAAGGACGUGGGCUCCUGCCCCAAAUCUCAGACCUUCCUGUACAACCUGACCACCUGCCAGCAGACCUGCCGCUCACUCUCUGAGGGGGAAACCCACUGUCUCAAAGGCUUCACGCCCGUGGACGGCUGUGGCUGCCCUGACCACACCUUCUUGGAUGAGAAGGGCCGCUGUGUGCCCCUGGCCAAGUGCUCCUGCUACCACCGAGGCCUCUACCUGGAGGCGGGGGAUGUGGUCUUGAGGCAGGAGGAGCGCUGUGUCUGCCGAAAUGGGAGGCUGCACUGUACGCAGGUCAAGCUGAUCGGCCAGAGCUGUGCGGCCCCAAAGAUCCUUGUCGACUGCAACAACCUGACUGCCCUGGCCACCCGAGAGCCCCGCCCCACCAGCUGUCAGACGCUGGUUGCUGGCUAUUACCAUACAGAUUGUGUCAGUGGCUGUGUCUGCCCUGAGGGGCUCCUGGAUGAUGGCCGGGGUGGCUGUGUGGUGGAGGAGGAGUGCCCGUGUGUCCACAACAAGGACCUGUACGCCCCUGGGGACAAUAUCAAGCUAGAUUGCAACAACACCUGCACCUGCCAGAGAGGACGCUGGCAAUGUACCCAGUUCCUGUGCCACGGUACCUGUUCCAUUUACGGGAGUGGCCACUACAUCACCUUUGACGGGAAGCACUAUGACUUUGAUGGACACUGCUCCUACGUGGCUGUCCAGGACUACUGCGGCCAGAACUCCUCAACAGGCUCCUUCAGCAUUAUCACUGAGAAUGUCCCCUGUGGCACCACUGGCGUCACCUGCUCCAAGGCCAUCAAGAUCUUCAUAGGGAGGACGGAGCUGAAGCUGGAGGACAAGCGCCGGGAAGUGGUCCAGCUCGAGGAGGGCCACCAGGUGGCCUACACCACGCGGGAAGUGGGCCAGUACCUGGUGGUUGAGGCUAGCACCGGCAUCAUCGUCAUCUGGGACAAGAAGACCACCAUCUUCAUCAAGCUGGCUCCGUCCUACAAGGGCACUGUGUGCGGCCUGUGCGGGAACUUUGAUGACCGCACUAGCAACGACUUCACCACGCGGGACCACAUGGUGGUGAGCAGCGAGCUGGACUUCGGGAACAGCUGGAAGGAGGCCUCCACCUGCCCAGACGUGAGCACCAUCCCGGACCCCUGCAGCCUGAACCCGCACCGCCGCUCCUGGGCUGAGAAACAGUGCAGCAUCAUCAAGAGCAGCGUGUUCAGCGUGUGCCACAGCAAGGUGGACCCCACAGUCUUCUACGAGGCCUGCGUGCAGGACUCCUGUUCCUGUGACACGGGGGGCGACUGCGAGUGCUUCUGCUCUGCCGUGGCCUCCUACGCCCAGGAGUGCACCAAGGCGGAGGCCUGUGUGUUCUGGAGGACACCGGAUCUGUGCCCCAUAUUCUGUGACUACUACAACCCCCCGGACGAGUGUGAGUGGCAUUAUGAGCCGUGUGGGAACCGCAGCUUUGAAACCUGCAGGACCAUCAACGGCAUCCACUCCAACAUCUCUGUGUCCUACCUGGAGGGUUGCUACCCCCGAUGCCCUACGGACAGGCCCAUCUACGAUGAGGACCUGAAGAAGUGUGUCACUGGGGACCAGUGUGGCUGCUAUGUUGGGGACACCCGCUACCCCCCUGGAGCGCUGGUUCCCACGAAGGACAUCUGCACAUCCUGUGUGUGCACUGACUCCUCACAUGUGGUCUGCCACCCGGAGGAAGGGAAGAUUCUCAACCAGACUCAGGAUGGUGUCUUCUGCUACUGGGAGUUCUGUGGCCCCAAUGGGACAGUGGAGAGGCACUUCAACAUGUGUGCAACUACCACGGCACCCCCGUCCACGCCGACUUCCUCCACCACCUCUGUCCCCACCACCACCUCCUCUGUCCCCACCACCACCACCACCACCACCACCCCCUUCACCAGCCCAGAGCACUGCUGCUUCUGGACUGACUGGAUCAACGAGGACCACCCGAGCAGCAGCAGCGAUGGUGGUGACCGAGAGACCUUUGACAGUGUUUGCAAGGCUCCAGAGGACAUACAGUGCAGGUCGGCCACGGAGCCCCACCUCUCCUGGGAAGAGCUGGGCCAGAACGUACAGUGCAACCUCUCCGUUGGGUUUAUCUGCAAAAACGAAGACCAGUUCCUGACUGGACCAUUCGAACGCUGCUAUGACUAUGAGAUACGGGUGAAUUGUUGCGUACCAUGGUGGGAAUGCCCCACCUCGCACACGCCCAGGACCACGCCCACACCCACGACCACGCCCACACCCACGCCCACGCCCACGACAACACCUAUACCCACAACCACAACUCACGCCACACCAACACCAUCACCGACCACGCCCACAACCUCACCCACGCCCACGCCCACAACCACAACCACGGAGUCCCCGACUCCAACGCCCACCCCCCCGGUGACAACAAUCCCAACCUCCACCACCACCACGACAACCACCCCUCCUUGUCUGGACUGCGAAUGGACUGGCUGGCUGGACUCCGGAAAACCCAACUUUGACAAGCCAGGAGGAGAUUUUGAAUCAAUUGGAGGUGUCUGUGCCCUGGGCUGGGCAGCUAACAUCUCCUGCCGAGCAGUGAUGUAUCCUCAGGUUCCAGUCCAGCAGCUUGGGCAGCAAGUGGUGUGUGACCUCUCAGUAGGACUGGUCUGCAGAAACGAAGACCAAAGGCCAGGCGGAGUCAUUCCCAUGCCCUUCUGCCUCAACUACGAGAUCAACGUCCAGUGCUGCAGACCCUGUGGCUCCACAUCAGCACCGCCUACGACCACCACCACUGAGACCACCACAGGGACCGUUACCCCAACUCUCACCACCAUAGAGAAUUCAACCUCAACAACUGUCACCACACCGACGACUACCACGACCCACACCCCAACACCAACACCCACCACCAUGACCACAGAGUCCCCAAGUCCAACACCCACCACCACGGUAACACCAACCCCAAUAUCCACCACCACACAGACCCCAACCCCAACAUCUACCAUCACUACCACCAUCACUGAGACCACAACACCUACAGCCACCACCACGACCACAGAGACCACAAGCCCACAGACCACCACCACGGUGACACCAACCCCAAUAUCCACCACCACACAGACCCCAACCCCAACAUCUACCAUCACUACUAUCGUCACUGAGACCACAACACCUACACCCACCACCACAACCACAGAGUCCCCAAGUCCAACGCCCACCACCACAGUGACACCAACCCCAAUAUCCACCACCACACAGACCCCAACCCCAACAUCUACCAUCACUACCACCAUCACUGAGACCACAAAACCUACACCCACCACCACGACCAAAGAGACCACAAGCCCACAGACCACCACCACAGUGACACCAACCCCAAUAUCCACCACCACACAGACCCCAACCCCAACAUCUACCAUCACUACUAUCGUCACUGAGACCACAACACCUAUACCCACCACCAGGACCACAGAGUCCCCAAGUCCAAAGCCCACCACCACGGUGACACCAACCCCAAUAUCCACCACCACACAGACCCCAACCCCAACACCUACCAUCACUACUAUCGUCACUGAGACCACAACACCUACACCCACCACCACAAUCACAGAGACCACAAGCCCACAGACCACCACCACGGUGACACCAACCCCAAUAUCCACCACCACACAGACCCCAACCCCAACACCUACCAUCACUACUAUCGUCACUGAGACCACAACACCUACACCCACCACCACAACCACAGAGACCACAAGCCCACAGACCACCACCACGGUGACACGAACCCCAAUAUCCACCACCACACAGACCCCAACCCCAACAUCUACCAUCACUACUAUCAUCACUGAGACCACAACACCUACACCCACCACCACAACCACAGAGUCCCCAAGUCCAACGCCCACCCCCACGGUGACACCAACCCCAAUAUCCACCACCACACAGACCCCAACCCCAACAUCUACCAUCACUACUAUCGUCACUGAGACCACAACACCUACACCCACCACCACAACCACAGAGUCCCCAAGUCCAACGCCCACCACCACAGUGACACCAACCCCAAUAUCCACCACCACACAGACCCCAACCCCAACAUCUACCAUCACUACCACCAUCACUGAGACCACAAAACCUACACCCACCACCACGACCACAGAGACCACAAGCCCACAGACCACCACCACAGUGACACCAACCCCAAUAUCCACCACCACACAGACCCCAACCCCAACAUCUACCAUCACUACUAUCGUCACUGAGACCACAACACCUAUACCCACCACCAGGACCACAGAGUCCCCAAGUCCAAAGCCCACCACCACGGUGACACCAACCCCAAUAUCCACCACCACACAGACCCCAACCCCAACACCUACCAUCACUACUAUCGUCACUGAGACCACAACACCUACACCCACCACCACAACCACAGAGACCACAAGCCCACAGACCACCACCACGGUGACACCAACCCCAAUAUCCACCACCACACAGACCCCAACCCCAACACCUACCAUCACUACUAUCGUCACUGAGACCACAACACCUACACCCACCACCACAACCACAGAGACCACAAGCCCACAGACCACCACCACGGUGACACGAACCCCAAUAUCCACCACCACACAGACCCCAACCCCAACAUCUACCAUCACUACUAUCAUCACUGAGACCACAACACCUACACCCACCACCACAACCACAGAGUCCCCAAGUCCAACGCCCACCCCCACGGUGACACCAACCCCAAUAUCCACCACCACACAGACCCCAACCCCAACAUCUACCAUCACUACUAUCGUCACUGAGACCACAACACCUACACCCACCACCACAACCACAGAGUCCCCAAGUCCAACGCCCACCACCACAGUGACACCAACCCCAAUAUCCACCACCACACAGACCCCAACCCCAACAUCUACCAUCACUACCACCAUCACUGAGACCACAAAACCUACACCCACCACCACGACCACAGAGACCACAAGCCCACAGACCACCACCACAGUGACACCAACCCCAAUAUCCACCACCACACAGACCCCAACCCCAACAUCUACCUUCACUACUAUCGUCACUGAGACCACAACACCUAUACCCACCACCACGACCACAGAGUCCCCAAGUCCAACGCCCACCACCACGGUGACACCAACCCCAAUAUCCACCACCACACAGACCCCAACCCCAACACCUACCAUCACUACUAUCAUCACUGAGACCACAACACCUACACCCACCACCACAACCACAGAAACCACAAGCCCACAGACCACCACCACGGUGACACCAACCCCAAUAUCCACCACCACACAGACCCCAACCCCAACACCUACCAUCACUACUAUUGUCACUGAGACCACAACACCUACACCCACCACCACAACCACAGAGACCACAAGCCCACAGACCACCACCACGGUGACACGAACCCCAAUAUCCACCACCACACAGACCCCAACCCCAACAUCUACCAUCACUACUAUCCUCACUGAGACCACAACACCUACACCCACCACCACGACCACAGAGUCCCCAAGUCCAACGCCCACCCCCACGGUGACACCAACCCCAAUAUCCACCACCACACAGACCCCAACCCCAACAUCUACCAUCACUACUAUCGUCACUGAGACCACAACACCUACACCCACCACCACAACCACAGAGUCCCCAAGUCCAAUGCCCACCACCACAGUGACACCAACCCCAAUAUCCACCACCACACAGACCCCAACCCCAACAUCUACCAUCACUACUAUCUUCACUGAGACCACAACACAUACACCCACCACCACGAUCACAGAGACCACAAGCCCACAGACCACCACCACGGUGACACCAACCCCAAUAUCCACCACCACACAGACCCCAACCCCAACAUCUACCAUCACUACUAUCGUCACUGAGACCACAACACCUACACCCACCACCACAACCACAGAGUCCCCAAGUCCAACGCCCACCACCACGGUGACACCAACCCCAAUAUCCACCACCACACAGACCCCAACCCCAACAUCUACCAUCACUACUAUCGUCACUGAGACCACAACACCUACACCCACCACAACCACAGAGUCCCCAAGUCCAACGCCCACCACCACGGUGACACCAACCCCAAUAUCCACCACCACACAGACCCCAACCCCAACAUCUACCAUCACUACUAUCGUCACUGAGACCACAACACCUACACCCACCACCACAACCACGGAGUCCCCAAGUCCAACGCCCACCCCCCCGGUGACAACAAUCCCAACCUCCACCACCACCACGACAACCACCCCUCCUUCACCGCCUACGACCACCACCACUGAGACCACCACAGGGACCGUUACCCCAACUCUCACCACCAUAGAGAAUUCAACCUCAACAACUGUCACCACACCGACGACUACCACGACCCACACCCCAACACCAACACCCACCACCAUGACCACAGAGUCCCCAAGUCCAACACCCACCACCACGGUAACACCAACCCCAAUAUCCACCACCACACAGACCCCAACCCCAACAUCUACCAUCACUACCACCAUCACUGAGACCACAACACCUACAGCCACCACCACGACCACAGAGACCACAAGCCCACAGACCACCACCACGGUGACACCAACCCCAAUAUCCACCACCACACAGACCCCAACCCCAACAUCUACCAUCACUACUAUCGUCACUGAGACCACAACACCUACACCCACCACCACAACCACAGAGUCCCCAAGUCCAACGCCCACCACCACAGUGACACCAACCCCAAUAUCCACCACCACACAGACCCCAACCCCAACAUCUACCAUCACUACCACCAUCACUGAGACCACAAAACCUACACCCACCACCACGACCAAAGAGACCACAAGCCCACAGACCACCACCACAGUGACACCAACCCCAAUAUCCACCACCACACAGACCCCAACCCCAACAUCUACCAUCACUACUAUCGUCACUGAGACCACAACACCUAUACCCACCACCAGGACCACAGAGUCCCCAAGUCCAAAGCCCACCACCACGGUGACACCAACCCCAAUAUCCACCACCACACAGACCCCAACCCCAACACCUACCAUCACUACUAUCGUCACUGAGACCACAACACCUACACCCACCACCACAACCACGGAGUCCCCAAGUCCAACGCCCACCCCCCCGGUGACAACAAUCCCAACCUCCACCACCACCACGACAACCACCCCUCCUUCACCGCCUACGACCACCACCACUGAGACCACCACAGGGACCGUUACCCCAACUCUCACCACCAUAGAGAAUUCAACCUCAACAACUGUCACCACACCGACGACUACCACGACCCACACCCCAACACCAACACCUACCACCACGACCACAGAGUCCCCAAGUCCAACACCCACCACCACGGUGACACCAACCCCAAUAUCCACCACCACACAGACCCCAACCCCAACAUCUACCAUCACUACUAUCGUCACUGAGACCACAACACCUACACCCACCACCACAACCACAGAGUCCCCAAGUCCAACACCCACCACCACGGUGACACCAACCCCAAUAUCCACCACCACACAGACCCCAACCCCAACAUCUACCAUCACUACCACCAUCACUGAGACCACAACACCUACACCCACCACCACGACCACAGAGACCACAAGCCCACAGACAACCACCACGGUGACAUCAACCCCAAUAUCUACCACCACACAGACCCCAACCCCAACAUCUACCAUCACUACUAUCGUCACUGAGACCACAACACCUACACCCACCACCACGACCACAGAGACCACAAGCCCACAGACCACCACCACGGUGACACCAACCCCAAUAUCCACCACCACACAGACCCCAACCCCAACAUCUACCAUCACUACUAUCAUCACUGAGACCACAACACCUACACCCACUACCACAACCACAGAGUCCCCAAGUCCAACACCCACCACCACGGUGACACCAACCCCAAUAUCCACCACCACACAGACCCCAACCCCAACAUCUACCAUCACUACCACCAUCACUGAGACCACAACACCUACACCCACCACCACGACCACAGAAACCACAAGCCCACAGACCACCACCACGGUGACACCAACCCCAAUAUCCACCACCACACAGACCCCAACCCCAACAUCUACCAUCACUACUAUCGUCACUGAGACCACAACACCUACACCCACCACCACGACCACAGAGACCACAAGCCCACAGACCACCACCACAGUGACACCAACCCCAAUAUCCACCACCACACAGACCCCAACCCCAACAUCUACCAUCACUACUAUCGUCACUGAGACCACAACACCUACACCCACCACCACAACCACAGAGUCCCCAAGUCCAACGCCCACCACCACGGUGACACCAACCCCAAUAUCCACCACCACACAGACCCCAACCCCAACAUCUACCAUCACUACUAUCUUCACUGAGACCACAACACCUACACCCACCACCACAACCACAGAGUCCCCAAGUCCAACGCCCACCACCACGGUGACACCAACCCCAAUAUCCACCACCACACAGACCCCAACCCCAACAUCUACCAUCACUACCACCAUCACUGAGACCACAACACCUACACCCACCACCACAACCACAGAGUCCCCAAGUCCAACGCCCACCACCAUGGUGACACCAACCCCAAUAUCCACCACCACACAGACCCCAACCCCAACAUCUACCAUCACUACUAUCUUCACUGAGACCACAACACCUACACCCACCACCACAACUACAGAGUCCCCAAGUCCAACGCCCACCACCACGGUGACACCAACCCCAAUAUCCACCACCACACAGACCCCAACCCCAACAUCUACCAUCACUACUAUCUUCACUGAGACCACAACACCUACACCCACCACCACGACCACAGAGACCACAAGCCCACAGACCACCACCACGGUGACACCAACCCCAAUAUUUACCACCACACAGACCCCAACCCCAACAUCUACCAUCACUACUAUCGUCACUGAGACCACAACACCUACACCCACCACCACAACCACAGAGUCCCCAAGUCCAACGCCCACCACCACGGUGACACCAACCCCAAUAUCCACCACCACACAGACCCCAACCCCAACAUCUACCAUCACUACUAUCGUCACUGAGACCACAACACCUACACCCACCACCACGACCACAGAGACCACAAGCCCACAGACCACCACCACAGUGACACCAACCCCAAUAUCCACCACCACACAGACCCCAACCCCAACAUCUACCAUCACUACUAUCUCCACUGAGACCACAACACCUACACCCACCACCACGACCACAGAGUCCCCAAGUCCAACGCUCACCACCACGGUGACACGAACCCCAAUACCCACCACCACACAGACCCCAACCCCAACAUCUACCAUCACUACUAUCUUCACUGAGACCACAACGCCUACACCCACCACCACAACCACAGAGACCACAAGCCCACAGACCACCACCACGGUGACACCAACCCCAAUAUCCACCACCACACAGACUCCAACCCCAACAUCUACCAUCACUACUAUCGUCACUGAGACCACAACACCUACACCCACCACCACAACCACAGAGUCCCCAAGUCCAACACCCACCCCCACGGUGACACCAACCCCAAUAUCCACCACCACACAGACCCCAUCCCCAGGCUCUACCACUACACUCACCCCAACCCCAUCCUCUACUGUAACUGCCCCUGUCACUGAGUCCACAGCUACAAGCACAGCCACUCCUGCUGCUACGAGCACUGUCUCCCCUACUCCCACUCCCACCAGCACUGGCACAGAGGUUCCCACCCCUACGGGCACAGUACCCACUACAGCGUCAACCGCGUCCACACCUGCAACUUCACCCUCCACCCCCGUGACCACUCAGUCAACCCCCUCCCUUUCCACGGAGUCCACCACCCUUCCCAGCACCCCUCUGACCACCAAGGAGCCUUCUAGCACCACAGCGUCACCCAGAACAACACCCCCUGUGGCCGCUGUGACUACGGGCAGCACUCCUGGACCUGAGGCCUCCACUUCGGGCACCACCCCACCCUCUUCAGGGCUCCCCUCUACCAUGCCGACCACACGGGAGACCACCAGAACCUCGUCCUCCUGGGGGACCCUGGCCACGUCCACCCCGAUCGAGUCCCCCAGCACCCCGUGGGAGAUGAGCACUUCCACCACCUGCUGCGUGUUGAACGACACGUACUACAUCCCAGGUGACGUGGUGUACAACAACACCAUCGGGGACACCUGCUACUAUGUGAACUGCUCUGUUGACUGUGAGCUCCAGUACUUCAACUGGUCCUGCCCGUCCACGCCUUCCCCAACGCCCACAUCCUCGGUGCCCACUCCGUCCUCGGUGGCCACGCCUUUGACACCCUCAACACCCAAGCCCUCCACGCCAGCGACCACAUCCUCCCAGCCGACACCCGGCACCACCAAGCCCACUGGGUGCCUAGAUUUCGAUCCUCCGAGACAGGAGAACGAGACCUGGUGGCUGUGUAACUGCACCAUGGCCAUCUGCAAGCACGACAACGUGGUGGAGAUCGUGGAGAAGGAGUGCCAGCCCCCGCCCAUGCCCACCUGCUCCAAUGGCCUCAAGCCUGUGCGCGUCCUGGACCCCGACGGCUGCUGCUGGCACUGGGAGUGUGACUGCUACUGCACCGGCUGGGGGGACCCGCACUACGUCACCUUCGACGGCCUGUACUACAGCUACCAGGGCAACUGCACCUACGUGCUGGUGGAGGAGGUGACCCCGCAGGUGGAGAACUUUGGGGUCUACAUCGACAACUACCACUGUGACGUCAACGACAAGGUGUCCUGCCCCCGCACACUCAUCGUGCGCCACGAGACCCAGGAGGUGCUGAUGCAAACCACGCAGAUGAUGCCCCUCAAAGUGCAGGUGCAGGUCAACAAGCAGGCGGUGGCCCUGCCCUACAAGAAGUACGGGCUGCAGGUCUACGAGUCAGGCAUCAGCUUCGUGGUGGACAUCCCCGAGCUGGGCGCUCUCAUCUCCUACAAUGGGCUGUCCUUCUCCGUCAGGCUGCCCUACCGCCUGUUUGGCAACAACACCAAGGGCCAGUGUGGCACCUGCACCAACAGCACUGCGGACGACUGUGUGCUGCCAAGUGGGGAGAUCACCUCCAACUGCGAGGCCGCAGCUGACCAGUGGGUGGUGAAUGAUCCCUCCAAGCCACACUGUCCCCACGGCAGCUUCACCACCAGGCGCCCGGCCCUCACAACGCCAGGGGGCAGCCACUCCACACUGCCCAAGAACUGCACCACGUCUCCACUCUGCCAGCUCAUCAAGGACAGCCUGUUCUCCCAGUGCCACGCCUCCCUGCCGCCCCAGCACUACUACGACGCCUGCGUGUUUGACAGCUGCUUCGUGCCUGGCUCUGGCCUGGAGUGCGCCAGUGUGCAGGCCUACGCGGCCCUCUGUGCCCAGCAGGGCGUCUGCAUUGACUGGCGGGACCACACCCACGGGGCCUGCUCUGUGACGUGCCCAUCUCACAGGGAGUACCGGGCCUGUGGCCCCCCACAGGAGCCCACCUGCCAGUCCAGCUCCUCCCCUCAGAACUCCAGCAGCCUGGUGGAGGGCUGCUACUGCCCCGAAGGCACCACGAGCUACGCCCCGGGCUUCGAUGUCUGCGUGAAGACCUGCGGCUGUGUGGGACCCGACAAUGUGCCCAGAGAGUUUGGGGAGCGGUUUGUGUUCGACUGCAAGGACUGCGUCUGCCUGGAGGGUGGCAGUGGCAUCUUGUGCCAGCCCAAGCAAUGCAGCCAGAGGGCUCCCGUCAAGUGUGAGGAGGACGGCACCUACCUCGUCACCGAGGUCGACCCUGCCGACACCUGCUGCAGCAUCUCCCUGUGCAAGUGCAACACCAGCCUGUGCAGAGAGGAGCCCCCCUCGUGCCCGCUAGGAUUCCAGGUGAAGAGCAGGAUGGUGGCCGGAAGGUGCUGCCCUGUCUACUCCUGUGUGCCCAAGGGUGUGUGUGUGCACCAGAACGCAGAGUACCAGCCUGGCUCCCCAGUGUACUCCUCCAAGUGUCAGGACUGCGUGUGUACCCAUGCCGUGGACAACAGCACCCAGCUCAAUGUCGUCACCUGCACCCAUGUGCCCUGCAACAUCUCCUGUGACCCUGGCUUUGAACUUGUGGAGGCCCCUGGCCAGUGCUGCAAGAAGUGUGAGCAGACCCACUGCAUCAUCAACAGGCCCCAAAGCCAGUACCUCAUCCUGAAGCCCGGGGACAUUCAGAGCAACCCCAACAACAAGUGCAUGUUCUACAGCUGCAUGAAGGUCCACAACCAGCUCAUCUCAUCCGUCUCCAACAUCUCCUGCCCUGACUUUGACCCCAGCCGCUGUGUCCCAGGCUCUAUCACACUGAUGCCCAAUGGAUGCUGCCAGAGAUGCAUCCCUCUCAACGAGACCAGGGUCCCCUGCGCCACCAUCCCAGUAAUCAGGGAGAUCUCAAGGGCCGGCUGCACCAAGAAUGUCACCAUGAACUACUGCUCCGGGUCCUGCGGGACUUUCGCCAUGUACUCGGUGCACGCCCAGGCCCUGGACCACAGGUGCUCUUGCUGCAAGGAGGAGAGGACCAGCGAGCGCGAGGUGGUGCUGGACUGCCCCAACGGCGGCACGCUGGCUCACACCUACACGCACAUCGAGAGCUGCCUGUGCCAGGACUCCGUGUGCGGGCUCCCGCUGGCGCAGCAGAGCCGCGUCCGCCGCUCCAGCCCCCGGCUCCUAGGGAGGGCGUGAGCCGGGAGGCGCUGCCCCCGCGCUGACCUGCCUCGCCCCUUCGCCCCUGAGCUUGGAUUCCUCUCUGCGGAUAUU